UCUUUUAAAGAUAGAUAUAACAAACCAAGAUGUGGAUAAAUGCUGGAUCAUUUUAUGUCUCGUGUUCGGUUCUCUGACUUUGCUCAAAAUGGAAAGCCAGUGUGUAAAUUUUUUGAGUAGCGUGGAGACCAAGGGUCACACGCACCAAAGGAAUUUACCAAAGCCUUAUUUGCUGACGGCUGGACCGCAGUCUAGUAUUUAAACCACUCCAAGGGAACCGUUGAUGUUAGAUUCAGUUCUCAGAUGCAGUUCUUCGCUGCAGUUUUCCUCCUCAUUUUAACUUUGAGCGUAACCAUCAAAGCAAGAAAAUGUCCUGAAGAGUGCUGCUGUGAUGACACCAAACUGACAGUGGCCUGCGUUGGCAAAAACCUGACAGAGAUUCCCCUCGGUGUAGAUGAGAUAACAGUUAAACUGGACCUAAAGAACAACAACUUCCAGAUGCUUCCCAGAGGUGCGUUUCUUCACACACCGUACCUCACCCACCUCAGCCUGCACCGCUGCAGCAUCAUCAAGGUAAAGGAUGGUGCGUUUCGUGGUCUUGGUCGAGUGGUCUACCUAAACCUGGCCUUCAACAAAAUUGACAUCCUUUACCAGGAGUCUCUUGAUGGCCUCUCAUCCUUGAAGGAGCUGCACCUGGACCACAAUCAUAUCGAGGACAUCCAGCCUGGAGCCUUCAUUCAGCUCGGCUUUCUAAGCAUGCUUGCCCUCACCCACAACCACCUGGUUUACAUCCCCAACAUGGCCUUCCAGGGCUUGCAAAACAUUAAGUGGCUUCGUCUUAGUUACAACUCCCUGAACAACCUGGCACCCGAAGCGUUUGCAGGACUGUUCACCCUCAGUCGGCUCAGUCUGGAUCACAAUGAGCUGCAGUUCUUCCCCACACUGACAAUGAUGAGGCUCCCUGAAGUCAAACGGCUGGAGCUGAGCUUUAACCCCAUGACCUACCUCGGAGAAGAAUCAGUCUUGAUGGGGAAGCUGACACACCUCUACCUGGAUCACAUGUCCCUUCAGGAUCUGUCAUAUCAGGCCUUUUCCCAGGCCCGGCUCCUGUCCCACGUUGACCUUGGCCACAAUCAGCUUCGAUACCUGGAACCUCUCUCAGGCCCAACCAAAUUGGAUGUCCUCAACCUGACCGGCAACCCGAUCUACUGCAACUGCUACAUGCGGCCGCUGAAGGACUGGGCAACGAUUGUAAAAGUGAGGCUGCUAGGAGCUUGUGCAGGACCACCACAUCUCUCUGAUGAGCCGCUGCAGGCUGUGACUUCCUUGGAUCUGCGCAGCCGCAACAAUGAUGAAGAGGAGGAGGAGCAGAAGAAUAACGAAAACACCACAGCCACUGCAAAGCCCAAGCAGACAGUCAAGUGUCCACUGAACUGUGAAUGUGAUACUGAAGCCCAUCAUGCCACCUGUGAGAGUCGUGGUUACAACAAAGUCCCUCGGGGCUUCUCCCCCAGGACUCAGCUGCUCGAUCUCCGUGGCAACCACUUCCAUUUUAUCCCCUCCAGCAGCUUCCCAGGCACCGGCCAAGUUGUAUCUCUACACAUGGAGUUCUGCAAAAUCCAUGAAAUCGAAGGCGGGGCCUUCCAGGGAAUGAGAAACCUGCUUUAUUUGUAUCUGUCUGACAAUGACCUCAUGUCCUUGGAGCCCAAAACCUUUGCUGGAGUCCCACAGCUCACCUAUCUUCACUUGGAGGGGAAUCGACUAACACAAUUCCCUGGAGCAGCUCUGUCACUUGUACCAAAUUUGUUUGUUUUACAUCUGGAGCGAAAUGCCAUCUCAAAGCUGGAGCCCGCAGGUUUACUUUCCUCAGCUGCUCCUAAACUGAUGGAACUAUAUUUGAGCAACAACACCAUCAGUGUUAUUGCCAAAGGUGCCCUGAGUUUUGCGCUCAUUAAAACGUUUCACCUGGAUUCAAACCAGCUGACGGAGGUGCCUGCUGACGCUCUGACUGACGUCCAGCACCUGGAGGAGCUGAACCUGUCUCAAAACUCAGUUCACUGGGUCGGGCCCAGGACAUUCCAGGACAUAUCGCAGAGUCUUCAGAGGCUUUACAUGGAUCAGAUGGGGAUUGAAAAGAUGUCAACAGAGGCCCUACUGGGCCUGGGUCCGGGACUGAAAGUUCUGACUGUGAGAGGAAACCAGCUGAAGGAGCUUCCUGACCUGAGUGCCCUCACCGGCCUUGAGAUGAUCGACAUGCGGGACAACCCUCUGCUGUGUGACUGUGCUCUGCUGCCCCUUCGCAGGUGGAUGGAGAGUGUGAGGUUGGAAGUUUCAGCAACAUGUGGUCACCCUCUCGGGCUUAGAGGUCAGCAGGUGGGGGACACCAAUGUCUUUGCAACCUGUCCAGAUAACACUACUGCUCUGGCUGAGGCAGCUCCUGUUGGACCCAGACCUGUAAAAAUGAAAUCCACCAGAGCGAAAACAAGGCCAGAAAAGCUCAAACUUGACAAACUACCCAGGGGCCAGCAUCGGAGAAAGGCUGCAAAACAAAAGAAGGCCAAAUACAAGAAGAAGAAAAAGGCAAAUAGAGGAAAUUGAGUUUCUGUUGAGCCCUUUCAUUGUAGACAUGCCUUUGCUUUUGGUUAAUUGUAAAAUCAAGUUCUAGUAAAAACUGUGUGACCUAAUUAUAAUGCAGAAAUCAGCUCAAAAAGGAACACCUGUAGUAAAUGGUUGGAGAACAGUUAAAGUUGGCCUGGUCUAGGUCUUUUCUGGAUCUCUCUGACUUGUUUUGAUGUCAAUUAUCAAAAUACAGUUAUGGGCACAAUCAAAGCUCUAAAAACUUUGUAUCUCUUACUUUACUAAGCCUGGUUCUUUUUCAACACUGAUUCCACCUAGACCCCCUUCUCACUCCAAGCUCCUCUCAAAGGUUAGUGCCCCUGUAUUCUGCUAAGAUUACAGAAGUUAAGGCUAAAGUGGAGUCUGUUAAAUCUGUUCAAAAUCAAGGUUGACUAGCCUACUUAAUUUAUUUUACUUCCAGUAUUAGUUGUUUAUAAGAUGUCAAACAUUGGUUUCUUAACCAAAGAAUUGGUUAUAUAAAUGGUGAUUAUAAUCAACAUUUAGUCAUUUCACUAUAGAGGCUCUCCAAGUCUGUACAGGUGUUGUUAGGACAUCAGUGGACGGCUUCUUAAAGCUGCUAGCCCAAUCUUUUUGUAGAAUUAGUCAUACUUUUGUUAGUUUGUCUUCUGUAGAAGAACAGGUCAUGGUCAAUUUUUCUAUUUGUCUUGCUAUUUUGUUAUGCGUCAUUAUUAGAUCAUAAAAAGCUAAAACCAAAACCAAAGACAAACUCCCAUGAUAUUCACAUGCCUCUGGUGAUGUCACAUAAGGCAUGAGUAAUUGAUCUGAGUUAUUUUCAGUAUGUUUGUGUUUUUCUUAUUUUCCUUCUUGGUAUUCACUUUUUUUUAUCAUAUUUGUCAUUCACUUGUGUUCUGUACUACAGCUGCAAACUGUUUGGACCAUAUUUGCGAGAAAAAAAUGCUUGGAUUUCAGGAAAAUUUGGCAACAAUAAAACAAGACUUUUUU